CGCAGGAUCUGCUAAGGCUGCGCCGUCCUUCAAGCUCGAGUUUUUAGCAAGUCUUUUCCCUUUGACCACCAUGUUCAGCGGAUUCGGCGGUGGUGGCUCCAAGCGCAGCGCACCUGCGCCAGAGGCGGCCGAACCGGUGCAAAACACGCUUUCACAGCCCAAGGGGAACGGUGGCGGCGGUGCCAACGGGUACUCGUUCGACCCGUCGGGUCUGGAACGCGCAGCCAAGGCUGCUCGCGAGCUCGAGAACUCGCGCCAUGCCAAGGAGGCUUUUAACCUGGCCAAGGAAACGGAGCGCACCAAGCAGACGGAGAACCAGGCCAAAAUUAAGGAGAAUGAAGCUCUCUACAAGCAGUACGAGAUCGUGCGAGUGCAGAAGGAGGGUGAGGAGCGCCGCAAGACGUUGGAGGAGGAAACCCGCCAGCACCAGCAGCGCGCGCAGUAUCAGGAUCAGCUUAAGCGUAAGCAGUACGCUGACCAGUUGGCUGCCCAGAAGUACAUGAAGGAGCAGGAACUUAAGAAACAGGAGGAGAUUCUCGCCCGCCAGGAGGCCUCCCGACGCAAGACGCUGGACUACGAAGCUGAGCUGCGUCAGAAGACUGAGCUGGCUAAGGUAUCGGCAGAGACCGAGGGCCGCAUCAAGCAGGAGCGUCUCAACCACGACCUGCACCUCGAGGAGGCCCGUGUGCGCGCCAAGGAAUACCGUGAGACCGUGAUGGAGGGUAUUAAGCUUGCCGGUAACACUGUCGGGUCAGGCAUCAUGACUUUCGUGGAUGACAAGGAGAAGCUCACGGCCACUGUGGCCUCUCUGACAGCUCUUGCUGUCGGUAUUUAUACCGCUAAGGUGUCCACCGGCGUUGCAGGCAAAUACAUUGAGGCGCGCAUGGGAAAGCCGUCGCUGGUACGUGAGACGUCACGUCGUUCUGCUACGCAGGUGCUGGCCAACCCCAUUCCGUCCAUCAAGCGUGCGCUGCGACUGCAGAAGGCGACGGAUGCGCUCGAGGGCGUCGUGCUUGAACCCAAGCUAGACGAGCGUCUGCGCAGCGUGGCUGUGUCUACGUUUAAUACGAAGAAGAACCGCGCGCCAUUCCGCCACUUGCUGCUUCACGGCCCGCCCGGUACGGGUAAGACUCUGUUCGCCAAGGCCCUUGCUCGUCACUCUGGCCUCGAGUACGCCAUCCUCACGGGUGGUGACGUUGCCCCACUGGGUCGCGAGGGUGUGACGGAGAUUCACAAGUUGUUUGACUGGGCAUCGCACAGCCGUCGCGGUCUGCUACUAUUCGUUGAUGAGGCUGAUGCGUUCUUGCAGAAGCGUAGCAACACCGUCAUGAGCGAGGACAUGCGUAACGCACUCAAUGCCUUCCUGUACCGCACGGGCGAAGCCAGCGACAAAUUCAUGAUCGUGUUCGCCAGUAACCAGCCGGAACAGUUUGACUGGGCCAUCAACGAUCGUAUCGAUGAGAUGGUGGAGUUCCGUCUGCCUGGUUUCGACGAGCGUGUGCGCAUGCUGAAGCAGUACUUCGACGACUAUAUUCGUGCACCGAAGAACUCGCGUGCCAAAAAGAUCUACGUGGAGGGUAUCGAGGACUCGGAUUUUGAGGACCUGGCCGCGCGUAUUGACGGUUUCUCCGGUCGUGAGCUGUCGAAGCUCGUAAUUGCCUUCCAGGCUGCGGCAUACGGUUCGCCCACGUCGGUGUUCGACAAGGAGAUGAUGAUGCAGGUUCUUGAGCACCACCUUACGGCGCACAAGCAGAAGGAGGCGUGGAAAGAGUACGUUGGCCCUAGCGAGAAGCGCGACAACAUCAAGACGAUCUUGGCGGAAUAGGCGCUGGCAUAACGUGGAUCGUGCUUGUCUGGGAUCGACCACUGC